GUUAAACGCGUCUCGUUAGCGGUGGACAUAGAAUUUGCAGCGCGCGCCUUUCAGUUUUGCAUGCUACACACAUCAAAAAUCAAAUACAUACUAGAUCCGAUUUGUUAACUAGCUGUACAUGUGUGUGUAUAUGUUUUAAAUUUAAAACGAAACGCGCGCGGUUCUCACAUAAAAAUUUGCAGGCUUAAGUCCUACUUAAGAAAACGAGUACAAAUAACAAUAUCGAGAACAAAAUGGUCGAGACCGUCGUCACCGUCGAGCGCACAACAACAGCAACAACAACUGGCCCACCUGGCGGCAAUCCGUCCGCCGGCGAUAAUGGCGGCUUCUGGAGCGCGAUACGCAUCAAUAUGGACUAUUACAGAACGGCGCCGGGCAUUAUAAAGAUUGUCCAAUUCAUAUUGGGCAUCAUUUGCAUGGCGCUUGCCUCACCUGCACAAGCGGCUGCAACAAGUUUCUUCCUCUUUGUUGUUGUCAUCUCUUUCAUUAUUACCAUCCUGCUGAUAGCCGCCUAUUUUCUGGGCAUACGCGAGGCGCUCAAUGUGGCCGUCAAUUGGAUAUUCUCUGAACUGCUAACGACCGCUGUGCUGACACUGCUCUACUUCAUUGCAUUCAUUGUGCAGCUGGCCAGAUGGGCCGAAUCGAACACUUAUGGCCAUGGCUCCAAUACGGCGGCUGGCGUUUUUGGACUGUUCAAUUUCUUGGCCUAUGCGGCGGGCACAUACUUCUUAUUCCUGGCGCACAGAUCGGGCGCCACCCAUUAACGUCCAUUUGCAGCAUAGCCGAGCAGCGAUCUGAUCUGAUCUGAUCUGAUUCGAUAUACAAUGGAACCAAUUUAAUAGUCAUGCGCACACAAGAUAAAUCAAAAAUAAAAAAAAAUAAAAAGGCAAGCAGCGCACCCACCACGAAAGCCAACG